ACUCCUUUACACUUGGCUGUCAUCACCAAACAACCCACCAUUAUCAGCCAGCUGAUGGCCAAUGGGGCCUCAAGCACGUCCCUCGACCGUAAUGGGCAAACGGCAGUGCAUUUGGCCUGUGAGCAUAGCUGCCUGGAAUGCCUCCGGGCGCUCCUGGCCGGAGGGCAUGAGAGGGUGGACCUGGAAAUCCGGAAUUACGAAGGUUACACACCGUUACACGUCUCGGUGAUCAGCUACCAAAAGGAAAUCGUCGAAUUUCUCCUGGACCAGGGCGCUGACGUCGACGCUGUGGAUAUUAAGAGCGGGAAGACACCCCUGGUUCAUGCAGUCGAGAAUAAUUACAUGGACAUGGUCAGGCUUCUCCUGCAGCAUGGGGCCAACGUGAACCUACAGACAUAUUCGGGGAACACAGCUCUGCAUUGCUGUAGCGGACGGGGCUUCCUGGAGAUUGUGAAGGUGCUGUUGAAGAACGGAGCCGAUAGCAGCAUUAAAAACUGUCACAAUGAUACCUCUCUAAUGGUGGCCAAGAACAAAAAGGUCAUUGACAUCCUACGUGGGAAGGCGUGUCGGACCCUCCCCCAGCUUCCUCCUGGUCAGCGGGCUCCAUGCAGCGUGAUAAAGGAGUGUCUCUCUCCGGGAAGCAAGUCAAGCUCGCCGCUCUCCAGCACGCACGCUGUGCAUUGCCCCUCGCCCGGGGCCUACAUGAAGUUAUCGCCGCAGCCGAUGGAUACCUCCAGCCCCCCUCCCUCGCACCGGCCCCCUGAGGCCCAGGUACCCUCCUGGAGGAGGUCGCCCCCGGCCUGCAUCGCCACGAGGAGCCAGACCGACACAGCGACAGAACAGGUUCGGACGCCGGCUCCUUUCGGCCCAGGCAAGGGGGCGGAUUGCCGGGCCCAAUUCGACACCCCAAGGGCGGGGUCCGUCCCUGGGCGCUACCCACCACAGCCUUGGGGGCCGUACCGCCCGGUGGGGGGCGGGGCCUCUCCCUCCGCCUUCCAGACGAUGAGGGAGGAGGCGCUGAGAUUCCCGGCUCUCCGGCCCGCCUCCCUGCACCUCCUCGCUCCUCCGGUGCUGGAGGUGGACGCUCACUUACCUCACCCUCCCUACCGAGAGCCCACAAAACACUUCAGGGGCGUCUGGCUCGACCUACAGGAUGGACCCUGCAGCCAAAAUGGUGACACCAUGAACGUCAACGGUGAUUCCGAUGCCGUGGUAAGGAAAGACGAGAGCUGACACAAAACCAAGGACUAAUGAACUGUGCUGUAAAUAUUAUUGAUUGCAUUGGACUAUCCGCCUGUGUCAUCCAUGGCAAAGGCAGACGGUGGCCUGAUGGCUCCAUGGCCCUCGAUGUACAAACUCCUGCAGACAAACGCAGUUUUAUCUCUCCCGAAAUAAAUUAUGUAGAUAUCAUUCCCUUCGCCGGGCUCUCCUCCAUGAUUGUUUCCAGGGCGGAAGGGCAAGGGAAGCGGCCAUGGAACCCCCUACGGGCACUGGAAGAGGCCAUUCAGCCCCACCAGGGCCGGAGGCUGCGGAUGCUGGAAGCUAGGGUCAGUAGGAGCGGGGCCGGGAAAGCACGGCAGGGCCAGGCAGCAUCCGGGGAGGUCAGCAUUUCGGGCCGAAACCCUUCGCCAGGGCCGCCGUAUCGACCCGAAACGCUGACAGGCACUGUCCCACUCCCCCAGGGCCUGUCCCACUCCCCCAGGGCCUGUCCUAAUCCCCCAGGGCCUGUCCCCCUCCCACAGGCACUGUCCUAAUCCCCCGGGGCCUGUCCCACUCCCACAG